AUGACCCCCGUCGUGGGACUGACGAAAGCGAGCUGCGUACCAGCAACGCUGGUGGCCACUGAGAUGAUCAACAAUGUCAUCGGCUACACAUGGAAUCCCAAGAACCGGCUCCUGUCCAGCGGCGGCAGCUCCGGGGGCAAAGGAGUACUAAUUGCGAUGAGGGCAUCGCCGGCCGGCUUUGGUACUGACAUUGGCGGCAGCGUGCGCAUACCGGCUGGAUUCAACAACUUAUUUGGGCUGCGCUCUUCGUCAGGCCGAAUCCCUUACCAGGGCGCUGCGAAUUCCAUCGAUGGCCAGAAUACCAUCUUGUCUGUGAUCGGCCCGCUCGCGCCCACAGCCCGAUCCUUGUCCAUGCUGUGUCGGGCUGUCCUCGACCAGGAGCCCUGGUACCAUGACCCGCUGGUUCUCGAGCUGCCGUGGCGGGAGGCCAUCGUGGACGAGACGCGUGCCUUGAUUGAACAAGCGAGGGCAGGCUUGUCGUCCCUCGCGUUUGCGAUCAUGCACUACAACGGCGUGGCGCGGGUUCACCCGCUUGUUGCGAGGGGAUUGAAGCUGGUUGAACAAACCCUGAAGCGACUGGGACAUCUAGUCAUUGCCUGGGACCCGCCGUCGCAUGUCACCGCCCAUAAGCUGGCCGUAUCCAAAACCUUCAACAUGGACGGCGGUGCAGACCUCAGACACCACCUCGGCCUAUCUGGCGAACCGCAAGCGCCCCAAGUCAUCAUCAACACAGCCGGCCCGCAGCUGCCUGCAUCCGAGAUCGCCGCACUGAACGUCGCCAAGCGCGAGUAUCAGAAACGCUACAUGGGCUACUGGAACAGCACAGCCACGCUGACCGGCACCGGCUGCCCCGUCAAUGGCGUGUUCUGUCCACUGGUGCCGCAUGUCGCCGUCAUCCCGGGCCAGUAUGAUUUCGUGGUGGCGGCGGAUCAGCAUGUAGAAUGGGAUUACAAUGCGGAUACCUAUGAUGGUGCUCCCGUGGGAGUUCAACUGCUGGGACGACUACAGGAAGAGAAGAUGCUAACACUGGCGGAUUAUCUGGGCGAGGAGAUUGCCCGAGAAGCGAGACGAGCCUGCUAA